UACAACUGCUACGCAAAAUUGUUAGAAAAUUCGUUUUGUGCGUCCCAUUUGAACACCGUUUCGCUUUCCUACAACAUGGCAAUCAACCCCGAGAAGGAAGAGUACGAACUGCAACACUUUAAUUUCUCGUCUGAGGAACUAGUCGCUCAAAAUAUACAAAUGGUACAAUCGUUGUUAAACAAAUCGCUCACCGUCUUUACGGAACAGUUGAUUCAAAAGCAAGGCAUACCAGAAGAUCCUGCGACACGGUUACGUGCUAGCUGCAACAAAACUGCCAUCGCCAUGUACAACGAUUGUGUGCCAGCCAUGAACGAGCUGAACGCGCUCUAUCGGCAAACCUUUUCCAUACCAGACAAUGUGUUGCUACCAACGGAUCUGUUGCAAGUGCGAGGAUACACCGAGGAGCAAAUGAACAAUCUCGAGCAGGAGGUACAGCGCGCCAAAGACCUUGUUAUGCAGGGAGCCGUCUUCCUGGCAUCACUUGACGCGGAAAUGGAACUGCACCAAGAGCUUGAACCCUGCUAUGAAGCGGAGGAAAAAAUAUUCGAGUCGUUGGAGCAUCAUCAGGAGCAGGAAAUCGAUCCGGACGAUGUGUCGGAUCUGGUGAAGCGAUUAGAGCAAGCCGGCAUCAUUGCGGCUGAUUGCACACAAGACAGCGUAGAGCUUGAUAACUUUUUAUUACAAAAACAAUAGAAAACAUGCAGCUUGAUUGUUAGCCCCUAGCUCCCUAGCAAACCCUGACCGGCAGUACGUGCGCUCGUGUAUCUGUGUAACACUUUUGUUUUGUCUUCUAUAAAACUCUUCGAGAGGUCACAAUGUA